UUUGAUUCUCCACAUUUGUUCGGAGUUCAUAUUUAGAUGAUGCUGAUAUCAUUAUUCAUUAAGGAAGCCAUUGAUUGAAUUCAUAACCAGCACAUGGUGGAUCCUGCAUUAUUUUGCCACAGUAGUUACAGAGUCAUAUUUGGAAGCUUGUGGGGAAUUGCUUUGAUGGGUAAGACGAUUCAUGUGUAUGGAUUCCCUUCCCAUGUGACUGUAGAUGAAGUCAAGAAUUUUCUGGAAUCACAUUCAGGGGAAGGAACUGUUUUUGCAAUGAAGAUCAGGGAAACCAAAAAUGGGGGUCCAAGAAAAUAUGCUAUUGUUCAAUUCCAGACUGCCAGAGAUGCUGAAUUAAUUAUAUCUUUGAAAUGGGGGUCCCAAGAAAAAAUAUGCUAUUGCGAGGCAACUUCAUACACUUCAUAUCUCAAGGCUCGGACUUUGGAUAAUGAUAUUGUACCAAAGCCCAGAACGUUUUUACACAGCAUGGACCAUAUAACACUGCAUUUUGGAUGUCACAUAUCAAAAGAAAAGUUUUCUGUUCUAUGGACAGGGACAAAUGUUUUGGUGAAUUUUGGAUUUGGAAUGAGAAAAUUGCACUUUUUUCUAUCUCAUGGACAAAUGGACUACAAGCUUGACCUUUCUUAUGAGAAUGUUUGGCAGAUCGAGCUACAUUGUCCACGAGGCCGAUCUGUGAAAUAUCUUCUAAUUCAGUUAUAUGGUGCACCCCGAAUUUUUGAGAAAGAGAUUGCAUCAUUUAAUGUGUUUGAGAGUCCGCUUUUCAACUACCUUUUCAACUACUUUAAGGAUACCCCUGAUGAACAAUGGGUCAGGACAAUUGAUUUCACACCAUUCUGCCUUAUUGGGCAUUCAUCCGGAUUAUGUUUGGAGUUUCCUUCCAGCAUUAAUGUUCCAAAAUUUCAGGAGAACUUUUCUUACUAUAAAGAAAGUGAAGCAAUUUUUGUUUUGGAGAAUGGUAAUGCUUUUUCUUGCAAUCUGGAUCUAGUUCCUAUUGUUGGUCCUCCCUCAGGUGUUGAUUUGCCAUUUGAGAUAUUAUUUCGAGUUAAUUUGUUGGUUCAGCAUGGGUGCCUUCCAGGGUCAGCACUUGAUUCUAGUUUUUACAAGUUGGUUGAUCCAAGUAGAAUGAAUAUUGACUGCAUAGAGCAUGCUCUUGAGAAGCUUUUUCACUUGAAAGAAUGUUGUUAUGAACCUUCUAUGUGGCUUAAUGAGCAGUACAGAAAGUAUCUUACGUCUAAGUACCUUCCAAGAUCACCUUCGAUAUCCCUAGACACUGGUUUGGUAUACGUGCGUAGGGUCCAAAUUACACCAUGCAAAGUCUAUUUUUGUGGUCCAGAGGUUAAUGUCUCAAACCGUGUGAUACGCCACUAUUCAAAAGAUAUUAAUAAUUUUCUCCGUGUGUCUUUUGUUGAUGAGGAGUUAGAGAAAAUUUAUUCAACAGAUUUAUGUCCCCGUGCUUCUUCUGGGAAUGGGGAUAGGAGGACUGCUAUUUACAAAAGGAUUCUCUCUACUCUCCAAAAUGGAAUAGUUAUUGGAAAUAAAAGGUUUGAGUUCCUUGCCUUUUCAUCUAGCCAGCUGAGGGAAAAUUCUUGCUGGAUGUUUGCUUCAAGAGACGGGCUCACUGCUGCAGAUAUAAGAGAAUGGAUGGGAAACUUUCGUCAGAUACGAAACGUGGCUAAAUAUGCAGCCAGAUUAGGUCAGUCUUUUGGUUCAUCCACUGAAACACUGAGUGUUGUAAGAAAAAUUGAAAUUGAAAAUUCUUCCAAGAUUUUAGAGUGAAGGGGGCAGAACCAAAUAUUUUGGUUUUCUCUUGAUGGAAUAGGCAAAAUAUCUGCUGAGUUCGCUCGGAGUGGGCGUUGAAAUGCUGGGGCACCAAGGUUUCUAUCCAUCUAGCAUUUUCAAAUUCGUUAUGGUGGGUAUAAAGGUGUUGGUGAGCCUGUUGAUCCCCCACUUCCUCUAAAAAAUUAUACAUUGAGAAAAAGCAUGUGCAAGUAUGAGUCUGAAAAUACAAAACUGGAUGUUUGGGGUUAUAGCAAAGUAUCAAGCCUUGUUUUUCUGAAUCGCCAAUUGAUUACUCUUCCUUUCCGACCCUUGGUGUUGGGCGGGACCAUAAUCUUUUGGAGAGAAAGAAACAGAGAAGAAAGCCCUGUUGAUCAACCUAGAUGCGCUUUUAAACAAACUCCGUUAAAGGCCCAGAAGCCACUAAGGGAUUUUGAAUGUCUCCAGGAGAGACGCAACCUAAACCAUUCUCAAACGGAAAUGCUUUUGUGUGGUUAUCAGCCUGGAUGCCCUGAACCAUUUUCAAUGAUGCUCCAAAUGUUCCGAGCAUCAAAGUUGCUUGAUCUGCGGACAAAAUCUAGAAUCUUUGUUCCAAAUGGAAGAUCUAUGAUGGGAUGUUUGGAUGAGACAAGAAACUUGGAAUAUGGCCAGGUAUUUGUGCAAUAUUCUGGUAGUAAACAUAAGCAGGUGUAUGAUAGUUCCACCAUGGUUGGAGGCAUUGGAUCAGGCAACGGUUUUGUGAUUGAGGGAAUGGUCAUUGUAGCUAAAAACCCAUGUCUGCACCCAGGUGAUAUUCGUGUUUUAAGGGCUGUGAAUGUACCGGAUUUGCACCAUAUGGUGGACUGUGUUGUUUUUCCACAGAAAGGACCAAGACCUCAUCCAAAUGAAUGCUCGGGUAGUGAUUAGAUGGAGAUAUCUACUUUAGAUGGAGAUAUCUACUUUGUCUGCUGGGACCCUGAUUUAAUCCCACGUCUGCAAAUCCCACCAAUGGACUAUACACCAGAGCCAAGUUUGCAACUCGAUCAUGAUGUCACAAUUCAGGAAGUUGAGGAGUAUUUCACCAAUUACAUCUUAAAUGACAGCUUGGGAAUCAUUUCUAAUGGGAAAAUCAUUUUCUAAUGCUUUCAACAACCUAAACAUGUCUGGAACUUGCAAGUAAAUUUUCAAUUGGCAGUUGAUUUUCCAAAAACUGGAGUACCGAGCUGAAAUUUCCUUCUCAUCUCUCAUCUACGUGUCAAAGAAUAUCCUGAUUUCAUGGAAAAGCCUGACAAACCCACCUAUGAAUCUCAGAAUGUGAUUGGAAAGCUUUUCCGAGCAGUGAGGGACAUCGCACCACAUACAAGCUCUAUUAAGUCCUUUACUUUGGAAGUGGCAAGGCAGUGUUAUGACCCUGAUAUGGAAGUUGAUGGUUUUGAGGAUUAUAUAGAUGAUGCCUUCUAUUACAAAACGAAUUAUGAUUACAAAUUGGGUAAUCAUAUGGACUAUUAUGGCAUCAGAACUGAGGCUGAAAUUCUCGGUGGAAGUAUUAUGAAAAUGUCAAAAGCUUUCACCAAGAAAAGGGACGCAGAAGCAAUUGGUUUGGCGGUGAGGUCCUUAAGAAAAGAAGCAAGAUCCUGGUUUAAUGAAAAGGGAAGUGGAUUAGAUUCUGAAGAAGAUGAUGUUUAUGCAAAAGCCUCCGCUUGGUACUAUGUUACUUAUCAUCCUAGUUAUUGGGGUUGCUACAACGAGGGAAUGAAUCGAGAUCAUUUUCUUAGCUUUCCUUGGUGUGUUUAUGACAAGCUGAUCCAGAUCAAGAGGAAGAGAAGGUGUCAAAAUUUAUCAUUGCUUGAACGCCAGUUUGGGCUUGGACUGCAUUUUCAUUAACAAAUGUGAAAUUUUGAACAUGUCUAUAUGUUCAUAGUCUUGGUUUGAGUUUGCCAGCUAAUCCAGAUCAGCGGAACAAAUCAAGGAUCAACCAGGUUCCUACUUUUUUCUCUUUACACAUUUUCCAUGUAGAUGUGGACUGCUUUUGAGUUUAGAAGGUAAUCAAAAUAUAUGGCUAUACAUAUGGUUAUGAAUAUGUAAUAUUUCAAAGACAAUAUAUGAUGUAAAUGUUUAUGUUCAUAUAAUGGCAGAAGCAGAAAUACCUACUUAGAGUUGACAACAUUUUUUGAUAGGAUAUUGAAGACUAUU